GGCCGCGCGGGGCUGGGAGCGCGCUGGCGCCUGCGGCCUCGCGCGGGAGCCCGCCAAGAUGGGGGAGGACUGGCGAGGAGCUUGGUAUGUGCCAUGUCUAGCUUCACUUGAGACCCUCCAAGAAUUAUGUAGGAAGGAAAAUCUCAGAUGUAAAUCCAUUGGAAUCACCAACAGGAGUCUAAAGAGAUAUGAGGUGGAAUAUUUAUGUGACUACAAGGUAGAAGAGGGCACAGAAUACUAUCUUGUGAAAUGGAAAGGAUGGCCAGAGUCUUCAAAUACUUGGGAACCUCAGAAAAACCUGAAGUGUCCAUUGCUUCUUCAAAACUUCCUUAGGGACAAGAAUGAAUACUUGUCUCGGGUGAGAGGAGGCAAACCACUGAAAGUGAGAAACCAUGUUAAAGCUUUACAACCAGCAAUUGCAGAUUACAUUGUAAAGAAGGCUAAGCAAAGAAUAGCUCUGCAGAGGUGGAAAGAAGAGCUCAACAGGAAGAAGAAUCAUAAAGCCAUGAUUCUGGUAGAAAACACUGUGGACCUUGAAGGCCCUCCUUUAGACUUCUACUACAUUAAUGAGUAUAAACCUGCUCCAGGAAUAAAUGUAAUAAAUGGAAUAACGACUGGCUGUGAAUGCACUGACUGCCCUGCUGAGAAGUGCUGCCCAAAAGAGGCUGGAUUUAUUUUGGCUUACAACAAGCGAAAGAAGUUGAAAAUCCAGCCUGGCUUGCCCAUCUAUGAAUGCAAUUCAUUCUGUAGGUGUGGACCUGACUGCCCUAAUAGGAUAGUACAGAAAGGUACACCAUAUUCUCUUUGCAUCUUCAGAACUAACAAUGGCCGUGGCUGGGGAGUGAAAACACUCCAGGAAAUUAAAACAAACAGUUUUGUGAUGGAGUAUGUUGGAGAGGUGAUUACAAGUGAGGAGGCAGAGAGACGAGGCCAGUUCUAUGACAACCAGGGAAAUACAUACUUAUUCGAUUUGGACUAUGACUCAGAUGAAUUUACAGUAGAUGCAGCUCGAUAUGGAAAUGUGUCCCACUUUGUGAAUCACAGUUGUGACCCAAAUCUUCAAGUCUUCAAUGUCUUCAUUGAUAACCUCGACUUGCGUCUUCCCCGAAUAGCGCUGUUCUCUACACGAACCAUCAAGGCUGGAGAAGAGUUGACUUUCGACUAUCAGAUGAAAGGUUCAAUAGAUCUGACUUCAGACUCAGCUGAUGGACUCAGCCCAUCCAAAAAGAGGAUCAGAACUGUCUGUAAAUGUGGAGCCUUGUGCUGCAGAGGUUACCUCAACUGAGCUUGAGUAUCCAAAGUCAUGAAUACUUUGUUCUCUUUGAAAUGUGUUUUAAGAAGACUCUUCUUUCACACAUAUGUUCAAGUAUUCUUACAUUUACUGUAAAUAAGUACAGUGAAAACAAGGCAUUAGAAUUUUUAAGUGAAAUGGCAUUGGCCAAAGAAAGAGAUGGCAGUGUUUCAGGCAAAUACAGAACUUACAAUGGAGAUUAAAAAAAUAUUUUUCUAGAUCUGUUACUUAGGAAGCAGUAAUACAUAUGUGAAGACAACUCUUUAAAAUGUACCUGGUUGAAAUAUUUCAGUGAGCUUACAGCUGUAGGCCUUUCAGUGGGAUGAAGUGAUGUUAAGCAUUUUCUGUACCUUUGAAAGUUUGGAGGCAUUUGAUUUCAAUGCUAAAUAAUAACUGGUAGAUCUCAUGAGUGUUUUUAUGUAUAAAGAAAAGCUCCAAGAGAUUAGCAAUAAUAUUUACAGCACUUGGGUGAAGGAUCAAGGACAGUUAUUGAACAGUGUCUAAAUGAAGGUUCACAGGAAUACAAGCUGUAAAAUGUCCAAUGAAUUCCGUGCAAGUAACGUGGUUGGUUUUAGCAGAUUCCAGAUGUAAGAUGAAGGUCUCAAAAUAUUUUUUUUGCUGAUGCUCUGUUAAUUAGAAAUUUUACAUAUAGAAGUUUUUUGACUUGUAUUGUUAAAAUUUUGAGUUAAGAUGCUACAGGAGAUUUGCAGUUCUAGAGAGAAGGUGGAGAUCCUGGAUUAUCAGUGGUCACAUAUGCUGUUUGUUUUCAUUGCAGAAAUUUGGCAGUCAUUGCUAAAACAAAGUUCUGGCUACAGUUUGGAAAUAGAUAAAAUAAGAAAGCAGAGAGAGCAGCCGUGGUGUAACAGAGCUGAUACGUUAUGGAGACAUGCUCAGUUAUCUGUUAGGUGCAGAAAUACCCUGGGAAUAGUGUUCACAGCUGAGUUUAAGUUUUUUACAUACUGUGACAUUUUUAUCUAGUGACAGACUUUUGAGAUACUUGCAAAAACGUUAACUUCAGUGAAGUUAGGCUAGGGGAUGUAUACCCAUUUGCUGUAGACAUUUGUAAGAUGUUCUUGAAUGUAAAAGCUGAGAAAUGUACUAUUCUUCAGCUGCCUGAGUCGUCUUUUUUUCUUUUUCCUCUGAUCAUCUUAAAGUUAUCUUGAUCUAUUCAUAGUCUGUGAUCAGUUUUACUUGGCUUCAGAACAGUUAAGAGCAGUUGAGGUAGUUAUGAGUGAUCCAGCUGCUUUAUUCUUGUGGAUCUAAAGCUUGUAAAAUCAUAGAAUGCACUGGGUUGGAAGUGACCUCUAGAAGUCAUCCAGUCCAAUCUCCCUGCAGUGAGCAGGGACGUGCCCAACUAGAUUGGGUUCCUUAGAGCUCCCAUAACACCUAACCUCGAGUAUCUCCAGAAAUGGGACAUCCACCCACUUGCCUUGGCAACCUGUUCUAGUGUUCCACCAUCCUUAUUAUAAAGAACUUCUUUUUAAUGUCCAAUCUAAAUCUACCCUUCUCUAGUUUGAAAAAAAAACACCUUGCAUAUUGCUUACAACCCAUGUAUAUGUUGAUUGGAUCAGGCAGAAUAACAUUGCUGCAUAAAUGGAUGCUAGCUAUGUAUCAUAGGUCAGCUAGUUACCUUUAUAAGGUGCACAGCUGCUGGCUCAGGUAAAUGAAGUCAAGUACCCAGCAGAUAAGUUUACUUUAUUUGUUAGAAAAUGCCUUAAAUUUCAUGUUGGUUACUAGCACUCCAAAAAGAGUGUCUCGAGGGAUAAAAGAGGCUGGUUGGUUGUUCAUUUAGAAGCACAGUGGCAUUUGCACUGAAGAUCUGGCUCUAUGGCAGGAUGUGAAAUUUUAAUGCUACUAGCCAAAAUCAGUUUCAUGGUUGUGGUGAAGAGUGUGGGGCAUUGAAGUACUGUGUAAGUUUUGUAAUCUACAAUACAAAGAACUAUACCUUGAAA